AUGGUAGAGAGCAAUGCAAGCGCAAAGGCCCAGUCGGACACGACCACGGCGGUGAGCGCCGCUAUGAUCGGCGUCUCUGUGCUAGCCGUUGCCAUGCGGUUUUAUACCAGGUACUGUAUGAAGACCGGUCUGUGGUGGGACGACUGGCUGGCUCUGGCUGCGGUUGUCUCGGCUGUAGCAGCAGGUGCCUUUGUUCUGGCGGCCUCGCUCGUGGAUCCGGACGCAGCAUGGUUGCUUUCGGAGUCAGACCCCGACUACGUGUACACGGCAGCCAAUCAAAAAGAUCUACAACUUGCCUUCAUAGCCGAUGUUCUCUAUUUCAGCAUUGUCGGAGCGGCCAAGAUAUCUAUACUCCUGAUUUACUAUCGCAUAUUCGCAAUCUCUCGAUCUCUUCGGCGCCAUGUCCUUGUCGUAGGCGUUGUGGUGAUAUUGUUCUGGGCCGCCACCACUCUCGCGACCAUCUUCAAUUGCUGGCCGAUAGAGUGGAGCUGGAAGAAUAGUUUCAGCCCUGCGCCGUACUGCAUCAACUACAACAUUUUCUGGCUUACGGCUGGCGUGAUCGAGGCUGUGCUCGAUAUUUGGAUAAUCAUCCUGCCGAUGAGGGAGGUCAUGAAACUGCAAUUGUCUGUUCAGAAGAGGGUCGGGCUCGCAUCUGUCUUUCUAAUCGGCGCGUGCGGUAUUGUCACGGGUAUAGUGAAGGUCUACGAAGGAUGGGAGCCUGGCAAGCGCUCACCGGCCUGGGACCGGACUGAGGUCUGGUCAUCAGUUCAUGCCGCAAUGGGAAUACUCUGCGCCUGUCUGCCCGUCUGUUGGCCGAUCGUCAUACGGCUGUCCAAUGCGGUCCCGAGUUUCCUCAAGCUCAAAUCGUUGAGCCGAAUAAGGACUCGGUGGAGCAACCAUGAGCACAAAUGGCCAUCGGGCUCGAAAGCCAUGAGCAGCCGGUCGAGACGCGGCACCGAGGAUGCCAAGACUGUGCGCUCGGAGACUGCACAGACUGAGCUCCUUCCAGUCUCGGGUACCUACACAUGUGUGGACGUCGAAUACCCGCAGCCGGUCAGAUCUAGCGAAGAACCGAUUUAUGUGAUUCAGGGUACGGACGGGCGUGUUUACUGGGGUGGCGAUAAUGUUGUUUGA